AUGCAAAACGUGGUGAUGGUUCAUAUAAAUAUCACUUCUACUUUCUCACCUAGUUGUAUUAUUUGCGAAUCAUGGCAGGAGUCCACGAGUAAUGAAUCUGAUGCCUACGAUUUUAAUUGGCUUCUUCUCGUAUUAGUGAUAAUUUCAGUUUUAUUGGCAUCCAUUAGAGUUCGUCAAGUUACGUUAUCUCCGAAAAGAUAA